AUGUCCGGAGGAGGAGGUGACGAUAGAGUCCCCAAUAAGGGAGAGCCAGCGGUUCCGCCGAUGAAAGCCACCAAUGUCACGAUCCAUAGCAACCAGGUCAACCGACAAGACCGAUCCAGCGCUCUCGGAACUGGUGGAUUCAACGGCUGCACUGUCUGGUUCACCGGUCUCUCCGGAGCUGGUAAAUCUACCAUCGCCAUGAAGCUCGAGCAGCACCUCAUCUCCAAGGGUGUCCCAGCUUACGUCCUUGACGGUGACAAUGUCCGACACGGCCUUAACAAGGAUCUCGGCUUCUCUCUCGCCGACCGAGAGGAGAACAUCCGACGAAUCGGUGAAGUCUCCAAGCUCUUCGCCGACGCCGGUGUCGUCUGCCUCGUCUCCUUCAUCUCCCCCCUCCGAAAGGACCGAGACUUCGCCCGAAGUAUUCAUCAGAACUCGGAUCUCCCCUUUAUUGAGUGUUACAUUGACACUCCACUCUCUGUCUGCGAAGACCGAGACGUCAAGGGUCUUUACCAGAAGGCUCGAGCUGGAGUCAUUAAGGGAUUCACCGGAAUCGACUCUCCAUAUGAACCCCCACUCAACCCAGAGUGCGUCGUCAAGUCUGGCGAAGACAGCAUUGACGCCUGCGUCGCCAAGGUCGUCAAGACCCUCCAAGACAACAAGGUUCUUGCCGGAACCAAGGCUGCUGCCCCAGAAGUCCGUGAACUCUUCGUCAGCGCCGACGAGAAGGACGCCAAGAUCGCUGAGGCCGAGACCCUCCCCAAGAUCGAAAUGACCAAGAUGGAUCUCCAGUGGUUCCAGAUCCUCUCCGAAGGAUGGGCCACUCCACUCAACGGUUUCAUGCGAGAGGAUGAGAUGCUCCAGUCUCUCCACUUCAACUGCUUGUUCAAAAACGGCGAGACUUACAACCAGUCUAUCCCAAUCACCUUGGCCGUCUCCACCGAAAUCAAAGAAGCCAACAAGGACGCCAAGGCCGUCGCCCUCACCUACGAAGGCAAGACCUACGGUAUCCUCCGAGACCCAGAAUUCUACACUCACCGAAAGGAAGAGCGAUGUGCCCGAACCUGGGGAACAUACACCGUCAACCACCCACACAUCAAGAAGAUCUACGAACAGGGCGACUGGCUCGUCGGUGGUGAUCUUGAAGCUCUUCACCGAGUCACCUGGAACGACGGUCUUGACAAGUACCGAAAGACCCCACUCGAGCUCCGAGCCCGAUUCGAAGAGCUCGGCGCCGAUGCCGUUUUCGUCUUCCAGCUCCGAAACCCAGUUCACAAUGGUCACGCUCUCCUCAUGACCGAUACUGCUAAGAAGCUGAAGGAGCGAGGUUACAAGAAGCCAGUCCUUCUCCUCCAUCCUCUCGGAGGCUGGACCAAGGCCGAUGAUGUCCCACUCGAAUGGCGAAUGAAGCAGCACGAUGCCGUCCUCGAGGAGAAGGUUCUCGACCCCGAAGCCACCGUUGUUGCCAUCUGGCCAUCCCCCAUGUCCUACGCCGGUCCCACUGAGGUCCAAUGGCACGCCAAGGCUCGAUUGGUCACUGGCGCCCAGUUCUACAUUGUCGGACGAGAUCCCGCUGGUAUGGGCCACCCAGACCGAAAGGAAGACAUCUAUGAUCACUCUCACGGCCGACGGGUCCUCUCCAUGGCCCCUGGUAUCCCACAGUUCGAGAUCAUCCCCUUCAAGGUCGCCGCUUACAACAAAGAAAAGGGCGCUAUGGACUUCUAUGAUCCCUCCAACCACGAAAACUUUGACUUCAUCAGUGGAACCCGCAUGCGAAAGACCGCCCGAGAGGGAGGUGCUCUUCCAACUGGUUUCAUGGCCCCCAAAGCCUGGAAAGUUCUUCAAGACUAUUACGCCUCGCUCCAGUAA